UGUAUUUCUCAUUUGACGGUGCAGCAGCUCUGCUUAGGCAACUGAAGCAGACGCUUAGCAAUGAUGCUUCUUGCCAACCUUAUCGUGCUGGUCUCCCUAAUAUGUGUGCAUGGCUUCAGCAUGUUCAAAAGUGGGAAAGGAACGAAUGGUGUAAAAGCUCCUCUGGAAAACCUUGCAAAACCGUGCAGGAAGCCGCCGUUUGUUGGCGUCUGCCAUCCAUUGAAGGAAGCUUGGUAUUACGAACAAAAUUCGAACUGCUGUAAAAUGUUGCAACCGGGCACAUGUGCAGGAGGCAACAACCUGUUUCCGACAAUGAAGAAAUGCAUGAAAGAGUGCAUGCCCCUCACACCAAGAAAUUCGAGAACCUGCCUUCAGCGACCUGUGGAAGGGACCUGUGCGCCAAUUCUUGUUGCUUGGUAUUUUGAUACCGAGAGCAGCUAUUGCAAAAUGUUCAACCAUACUAUCUGUGGUGGAGGUCCCAAUUUGUUUUUGACAGAGAUGAAAUGCCAGCAGGCCUGCCUACCAAAGGAAAAACCAAAGGCCUACUGUAGCAUGGCGCCAACUCCUGGAAAGUGCUGGGGCGGAAAGCGCCACUGGUAUUUUGACGAGAAAACAAACAACUGUUAUCUUUUUGCUGGCAAACGUUGCGGAAAAAAUAAUAACGCAUUUUCAUCGUACCUGAAGUGCAUGCAAAGAUGCAGCCAUAGGAAAGCUGUUGCCGGCCCAACGUGCACACAAGUUCAACAAAAUGAGCUACCUGCCCCUCAAAUACCAGGAAGUAUCGGCUACCCUGGCGUACCAAGCCUGCCAAGCCAAAACGACCUCCCCGGCGCACAAAGCCUACCAAAUCUACCAAGCACACAAGGCAAACCUGGUCAACCAGUGCUACCUAGUCAAAAUUUAUCGGCGCUACCGGGUCAAUAAAGUCAACUCCACCCAAAUUUUCAAUCUGUCCCUUAAAAAAACUGCUUCUAGCCCCUAAUGUAGGAUGAUUGGAGAACAUGCUCGCAAAAAUAAAACUGACAUUUCUUUUUCUCUUUCUACAAAA